AUGUUUUCAUCAAAUAAUCGUUCUACUCAACUGACUUGUGGGUUCAAGGUGGACACGAACUCCCCUGCGUGGCAGAAGAGCAUGGCAAAGAUCUUAAAGAAUAUCAAAGGAGGGGAAUUUUCGUUAGACGUGGACGAAGGAAUGGCCUACGUUUCGGGUGAAGGAGACCCAAACAAACUGCUAAAACUAAUGGGUUCGAUAAAAGGCAAAGCUGGAAUGACGUUUGUGAAAGCCGGUGGUGGAUAUCAUCAUCUACAUUAUCCCAAUCUUUUUUAUUACAACUCCAACUCCUGUUACGGCCAGCCACCAUCAUACAACAGUUAUUGCCCGAGUGAUGAAAAUUGUUACUCUCAGCAGCAGCAUUGGCAGUAUUUUUCUCAGUCACCGGCGAUGCAACCUUACCACGCACUGAGCUGAGAUCAUCAAUAUCCAUAUCCAGGAUAUAGUAAUUACGGUUAUUAUUAG